AUGGGUGUGCUCGAAUGGAAGAUGUGUAAUUUCUUCAAGCUGGAAGUCUUGAAUGUCCACACAAAAUAUGUCAACAUACGUGACUCGGUUACAGCCCAGUGCAGUAAUAUGCAAUACAAGAUUUUUUGCACUAUCGACGGUAUGGUUUAUGUCUUCCUCAGCGAUUGGGAAUGCAUUACAUUUCAGGCUUCCAAUGCGGCCAUAAAUCAUUGCUGCAUUACCGAUGAUUCCGAUUUGUUGACCAUACAUGAAGAAAUUUCACCCACAGAAAGUAUGCUGAAAGUCUAUAGUGUUUCGAAGCUAUUGAAAAGGAGACCAGCGAUACCGGUUAGCUGUGCUGCCUUGCCGAGACACUGCAAGGUUUCCGUGCUGAAUUCGUAUUAUAUGGAUAAUCAAUUGUAUUUGGCAGCGGGUUUGGAAAAGGGCCACAUACUCCUUUACAAAUCAAUUGUGGCCCGUGACAUUUCUGGGAAUUUCAAAACCCUGCAGGUGUGUCCGAAAUCCAUUAAAGGUAUUGAGUUUCUGCGUAAGGAUCGCGGAGAAUUGAAUAUGUUUGUGUGCUCCGAUGCUGGGGUGUUUUGCUAUAGCAUUCUGGCAAAUGGUAAUUACACGGAAAAUAAAAUUGUCAUUGAUGAUGUGGUGGCGCCAAUGAGUUGCUGUGCCCUCAAACCGAAAAGGGAGCCGAGUGAGGAACGAUAUUUUGUGGUGGCACGAGAAGAUGCUCUCUACUGUUAUACCAUAGAGGGCAGGGGACCUUGUUUUGCCAUUAACGGGAGUAAACAAAUUGUCAAAUGGUUUGGUAAACAUCUGAUUGUGGUAAAGGCUUCGCCGAAUUCCAGCAAGCGCAGCAGCCAACUAGUCAUAAUAAAUAUUGAAAAUAACAUGAUGGUACUUAAUGAAGAACUCGCCGAGAUUGAGUGCAUCUUUCCAACAUCCGAUUUUGAUAAUUGUUUGAUUUUCACCAAAGACGGCAUGAUAUAUACCCUGCGUGACCAAGAGCUGCGUUAUAAGCUGCAGUUGUUGUACAACAAAAAUCUUUAUGAUAUUGCCUUGAAAUUGGUCGAGGGCCAGAUUAUGUAUCCCGAUUUGGCUGCCAAUGUUUUCCUUAACUAUGGCGAUCAUUUACUGCAACGCGGUGAUAUUGGGGAAUCGGUAAAUAUGUACAUCAAAACGAUUGGCCAGGUGGCACCGUUCAGGGUGAUAAGUAAGUUGUUGAAUUUUCGCUAUAACGAAUUCCUCAUACAAUACCUGAGGAGUCUAAUGGACUCGGAGGUGGCAUCGCAGGAAUAUUAUGAUUUAUUAAGGAACUGUGAUCGCCGUUUGGAAUUACCCAGAGAUAUGAAUAAGAUGUUUCAAAAUGGUGACAAUAUGGGUAUGGGUAUGUUUGAUGGGGAGUCGUCUUCGCUAUGCCAGGAAAAGGAUAUACGUAAAUAUUUCUCUCAACUCAAAGAGGAUAAGGCCAUGGAGGUAUUUGCAGAAUAUGGAAAUUGGCUGGUGCGACAAUAUCCCUUGGACACAGUGGAUGUGGUGAAACACAUUUUGUCACAGAAAUUCGAUAUCCCAGCCUCCAUUGAGUUGUUCAUAAAAAUUAUUCUGCCCCUGCUGCUAAGCCAAAAGGAUUUGGUACUGCAGGUAUUGGAUAGCUUGGAUUUUGAGUAUCGCAAAAAUGCCAGCAUAAAUAUCAUUUGGGCUGAGAUUCUAUUACAAAAAUGGAAAUCAUCGGGCAUGGAUGCCCACUCGCUAAUGGAGACCAUUAAGGAAAACGGUCACCAGCUGAGUUUGAAUGAUAUUUUCAUCAUAUGUCGUAGCCAUAAAUAUUUGUCCGGCAUUAAAAUGAUGUAUGAAACAUUUGGUUUGAAUGCUUUGAAUUUCAGCAGCUUUUUAAAAUGUUGUUUCGAUUUGCCCAUGGACACCAGUGCCAUUGAUUUGGAUACCAAUAAAUACUCCUUGAUGUGGAUGCAAACUUUGAGUAAAGAUAAUUUACAAUCCGCCCAGUCAUCGGCAUUUGUUAAAUAUAUUUUAAGUAAGACACUACACUGCAAUACCCAAUACACCCUGACAAUACUGCAAAAGAUAUCCGCCAACACCCAUUUUAAUUUGUCGCAUCUAAAUAAGGCCUUGCCCAAAGAUAUUUUCCUUAAACAAUUGGCAUUUGAUAAUUUCCAAGAUGUCUUGGCUGCCGAUCGGAAACUUAAACAAAUCAAAUCUCUGCUCUUGGAUUAUCAACAAAAACCCAUGGAAUUUCGUAAUAGUAAAUGUGAUAUUUGUAAACAAUUAUUAAAGCCACCGUCCGUGUAUUAUCUCUGCCAGCAUGCAUAUCAUCGGGAAUGUUUGUCAUCAUAUUCGGAAAUCAAUGGUUGUUUGGUUUGUUUGAGUAUUUCACAGAAAUAUGCGGAUACCAAGUCGGCGGAUUUAUCUGUGGUCAGUAAUGGCAGCAAUCCAGCACCAUCUACGCCCAUACGAAAUAUUUCCCAAAAAUUAUCCACUGGGGUGUUUUCAUCAAAAAGGCAGAUGGCAGAUCUCCCAACACCAAAUAAAUUUCAACAAAUUCAAAGUAUUAAAACGCUGGGUAAUGAUUUCGCAAAACCGGCAAAGAUUAUGGAAAUACAAAUGAAAACCUCGGUGACAGCAAUAAAUCGAAAUCCAUUUGAAAGUUCUACACCACCAAAUUCAGCACAGCAACAACACAUCAGCCAGCCACAUCACUUGAAAGUCCGUUCCACGCCUAAAUCAACAAAUCCCUUUGAUGAUGAACCAGAUGAUGUGGCCUCAUCUCAAUAUGAUUCAAAUUUAAAUCCAUUUGAGGAAUAA